UCUGUCCUCCAUCCCUAUCUCUGUUUUCUCUCCCUAUUGUCGUGGUAAUUUCCUGUAUUACUAAACAUUGAGAGAGCAAACCACACACAAGUCAGAGUUAUAUUAUAAAGUCCAUCUUUAAUUAUAUUUCAGCUUCACCAUGGCCCUAUGACUCUCAGAUCAAUUCAGUGUCUAUAAAUGAACUCUCUGAGAGUGCUUACAAAACAAUUCUUAGUAUCAGUUAUAGCCAAGACACAGCCCUCUCAACUCACAUGACGAAUAACAGAUCUUAGGAACAUUACAAAGGAAGACUUUUACUGGAGAGAGUAAAUAGCCAGAAGGCAUUAGCUAUAACUUAUUGUUCAGUUUGCUCUCUCAGACGAGGUUCUACUUCUCUUUCUUGGUACUUCAUAUUACCAAACCAUUACCUCAUCCAAUGGCAUAUAUCAGUUGUCAAUUCUAGAUACGCCCAUCUCAAAUACAACCUCCACCUGGACAAGCUCACAGAGAGUAGUGAGCCUCUAGGUCAUAUACUAGGUCAAGAUAAGUUUCGACAUAAGAGGGGACAUACAAUGGUUCCAGACACUGCCGUACUCCUCCUCCCAAUAUGGGAAAAGUAGGGAGUGACUGGUGUACAGACAUUGUGGAGCCCUUCACAUGGUUUAACAGAUACCCUCACAUAUGAAGACAAUCCUGACCUCUCCCCUCUCUUGGCCCCAAGUGACUUUUUCCCUGGAGAAGAGAGAGAGGAAAAUGCAACUGCCAACAGUAUUAUCCAAAAGAAGACGUUCUAAUUAAAAAUAUCUCACAUAAGCAUUAUUAUGUAAAUAAAACAUCUUAUUUAUCAACUAAUUGUGAUUCUGCUACGACACCACCUCUGUCCUCCAUCCCUCUCCGUUGGACGGUAGCUGGGGACGGCCAAAGGCCAAAAUAACAUUAUAUAAUACAGUGAAUAUUAUUCAGGAAAAUAGUACAUAGUGCUGCCUAAAACAUACUGUAACCUUGAACUAAAUGGUUUUUGAGUCAUUUAUUUUAAUGUAGGAAAUCUACUAUAGAUUAAGUGCACUAAUGUUGUGCAAUUUUAAAGUAUGCACUUUGUCUAAUGUGAAUUAAUGUUUUGUUGUCAAUGAUUAGUUACCUGAUAAAUGGAAAUUAGAGAAAUUAACAAGAAAACAUUAUAAUAUAUUUUGUUAUAAUAAAGAAGUUAGAAUAACUUUUUGUGUCCGUUUCUCAUUAUAUCUACAGGACGACUUGAAUUAAGUCUGAGGACGGUAACAUCAACAGUGAGGACAAACCCAGCCUGCCUCUCUCCUUCCACACUGAGUAGGAACCUACAGUCACUGGGUCCUGAUUGUGACAGUGGAGCCCAGUUUGCACUGCAGGAUCCAGAGAUGGCAUCAGUGAAGCUGGAAGACUGCAGUCAAACAAUGGAACUGAAUGUCAACAUUAAAGAUGAAGAAGAAGAGGAGAAGAUUGGAACAUCUGUUUCUCAUGGAGACCACGUUGAGACAUUCCCUGCAUCCAGACAACAACAGCAGGAAGAUCACAGAGCUAAGAGGUCUCACCACUGCCCACAUUGUGUGGAGAUUUUCCCAUUUCUAUCAAAGCUAAAAGCACACCUAAAAAUACACACAGGAGAGAAGCCUUACUCCUGCUCUGACUGUGGGGUGAGUUUCUCUCGACUGGAUACCUUAAAAACACACCAACGUAUACAUACAGGAGAGAAGCCUUACUACUGCUCUGACUGUGGGGAGAGAUUCUCUCAAAUGAGCAGCUUAAAAGCACACAAACAAGUACAUACUGGAGAGAAGCCUUACUCCUGCUCUGAUUGUGGGAAGUGUUUCUCCCGAUCGGAUACCUUGAAAUCACAUGAACGUAUACAUACAGGAGAGAAGCCUUACUCCUGCUCUGACUGUGGAAAAAGUUUCUCCCGAUUGGAUAACUUAAAAUCACAUGAACGUGUACAUACAGGAGAGAAGCCAUAUUCCUGCUCAGACUGUGUAAAAUGCUUCAAAACAUCAACUGAGCUAAAAGUACAUCAGAGAACACACACAGGAGAGAGGCGUUACUACUGCUCUGACUGUGCAAAAUGUUUUAAAACAUCAACUGAGCUAAAACUUCAUCAGAGAACACAUACAGGAGAGAAGCCUUACUUCUGCUCUGACUGUGGAAAGAGUUUCUCCCGAUUGGAUACCUUAAAAACACAUGAACGUAUACAUACAGGAGAAAACCCUUACUCCUGCUCUGACUGUGUAAAAUGCUUCAAAACAUCAACUGAGCUCAAAGUUCAUCAGAAAACACACACAGGAGAGAAGCCUUAUUACUGCUCAGUCUGUGGAAAAUGUUUUAAAACAUCAAAUGAGCUAAAAGUUCACCAGAGAACACACACAGGAGAGAAGCCUUACGUCUGCUCUGGCUGUGGCAAAAGUUUCUCUCACCAGAGCAACUUAAAAACACACCAACGUAUACAUUAAACCCAGUUAAAGCGAGGCGUCCCUCUCCCAAAGGGUCAAAGCUCGCGGGAUUUGCACAAUUAAACGCUCUACUGAAUGAGGACAUCUAGUGGAAGACAUAGAAAGUGUCUCCAGAUCCAUAGCUCGUUGGGAAGGGUGGGGGCGAUGACGUCAAAGUUGCCCCAAGUUUCAGGCUCCCAAAAAAAUAGUUUGGGAGAUUGCCUGCCCUGUGAGUUCUGCUAUACUUACAGACAUAAUUCAAACGGGUUUAGAAGCUUUAGAGUGUUUUCUAUCCAAUAAUAAUUAUUAUAUGCAUAUAUUAGCAAUUUUGGACAGAUUUUUUUUCAGUUUACUAUGGGCACGCAAUUCAUCCAAAGGAGGCAGUAUUCUGCCUAGCCCUAACAGGUUUUAAGGAGAAAAGCCUCAUCAGUUCUCUGACCAGCUAAGAAUAAAGUCACUCCUCCAUCACUUAAUUCUCAUCUCAUAAAAGAAGUUGUAAUUGGAUCAAAUGAAGAAAGCGGAGAACACUGUAAUCCUAUUGGUUCUCACUGUGAGAGAACUGUGCAGAGGAAAGGGAGCGUUAUAGAAUGUUAGCCUCUCUUUACUUUACCAAUCAGUGUGCACCUUGUCAGUUUUGGUGUGUUUUUGUUUUGUUAGCUUCUACUGUAAAGAUUUGCACUUGGUGUUGAAUACCCUCUGUUAUUCUUCUCAUUUUGAAAACAAACACUAGUCUGCCAAUUGACUGGGUGGUACUGCUUCCCUCUCAGCCUGGUCUGACUCUGUCUGUAGGGAGAGUUUCAACUGGGCAGCUUAAAAACACACCACCGUUUACACGUAGGAGAGAAGCCUUACUCCUGCUCUGAGGAAGGAUGGGCGUGUAACUCAAACGUCUAGCCGAAGGUUGCGUUUUUGAAUCUCAUCACGGAGGUUUUAGCUAAUUAGCAACUUUGCAACUACUUACUACUUUUUAGCUAUUACUUAGCAUGUUAGCUUACCUUUCCCCUAAACCGAUUUAACUCUACCUUAACCCCUCACCCCUAACCUAGCUAACGUUAUCCAAAUUGGAUUUUGUAACAUAUCAUACAUAUUACAAGUUCGUAACAUAUUGUAUGAAUAGCAAAUCGUAAAAUAACAUAUUCAUUGUAAUUCUUAACAUACGAUACGUCCUGCAAGUCGUAUUAUACUGAACAACAAUCUAAACACAACCAUUUCAAAGAUUUACAGUUUGUAUAAGGAAAUCAGUCAAUUGAAAUAAAUAAAUGAGGCCCUAAUCUAUGGAUUUUAUAUGACUGGGCAGAGGCUCAGCCAUGGGUGGGACUUGGGAGGGCAUAGCCCCACUUGGGAGCCAGGCCCAGCCAAUCAGAAUGAGUUUUUCCCCACAAAAGGUCUUUAUUACAGACAGAAAUACUACUCAGCCCCCCUCAGACAAUCCUGCAGGCGAAGAGGUCCUGGGCUGCCGUGGUUACAUGUGAUCUGCAGUUGUGAGGCCGGUUGGAUGUACUGCUAAAUUCUCUAAAAGGACGUUAGAGGUGGCUUAUGGUAGAGAUAUAAAUAUUGAGUUCUCCGGCAACAGCUCUGGUGGACAUUCCUGCAGUCAUCAUGAGAAAUGCACAUUCCCUGAACUUGAGACAUCUGUGACAUUGUGUUGUGUGGCAUUUUAUUGUCCCCAACACAAGGUACACCUGUGUAAUGAUCAUGCUGUUUAAUCAGCUUCUUGAUAAUCUAUACCUGACAGGUGUGGCAUAUCUUGACAAAGGCUGAAAUGCUCACUAACAGGGACAUAAACAAUUUUGUGGAACGUAACAUACUAAAUGGAGUGGCACGGAUGUUUUUGUAACAUAAAAUACAUUUUGCUCUGAGACCAGGUUGUCCCUCGGAAGGAGUUAGUAGACGCUUUCAAAUUAUUAUUUUUUUUACCUUUAUUUAACUAGGCAAGUCAGUUAAGAACAAAUUCUUAUUUAAAAUGAUGGCCUAGGAACAGUGGGUAAACUGCCUUGUUCAGAGGCAGAACAACAGAUUUUUACCUUGUCAGCUCGGGGAUUCGAUCUGGCAACCUUUUUGUUACUGACCCAACGCUCUAACCACUAGGCUACCUUCCGCCCCUAACAUGAAUCAGAUAGAGAUGGUGUGAUGAUCACUUUUCACCACUAGUUUGGGGGGGAUUAUUUUACAACUUUAUUUAAUGAUACACAGUUUAUGAAAUGAAUACAUGUGUUUAUUAAUUGUCUUUAAAACUAGAUUAGUUAUUUUAGUUACUGAUCAUGAAUGUGUUUGGAUAACUGCAUUGAAGCAAACUUUAUUGAUCUGCCAAUGAAAAAUAAAGUUACAUGAAUAU